AUGCCUUUGACCUUCAAGCCACAAGACUGGCAACGCCAGAUUGGAACCGAGAUGUUUCGCUGCUCGACCGAUACCCAGUAUAUACAGCUAGAUCGUCUCAAUGAGGCAUUGGCCUCUGACGCUCUGUGGUGGGCAACAGAGUUACCCGAGGACGCAUUGCAGAUGAUGGUGGAAAACAGCCUCUGCUUUGGACUCUACAAAGUUUCCAAGGCCCGGAGCCCAGACCAGACUGGAGAGCUCACAAUGAUCGGGCUGUCCAGGGUUAUCACUGAUAAUGUAACCUUUGGCUACCUGACUGAUGUCUAUGUGGUCGACGAACACCAGAGAAAGGGGCUCGCGAAGUUCAUGAUGGAGUGCCUGGACGAGGUGCUCAACCACCUUACGCACCUUAGGCGGUUACUGAUCUUAAGCCGUGACCAGGGUGCGAUCAGCAUGUACAAGAGCACGUUGCGCGCAAAAGACUGGCAACCUCCGGAGGACAUAAAGCUUCUGGCAAGGCCGGGUUUGUCUAAGAAGCUGGCUCUCGCCGAAUCAAAUAUCACUGGAUAUCAGGAAUGA